UUUCUGGACGUCGGCGAGCAGGUAGGAGCGGAGCGGGUCCGAAGUGCAGGGCACGACCGGGCUGGGAAUCAGCGCCAGCGGUGAUCGCACUGAGCCGCCUCGCUCGCAGCGUACCCGUGGGACCCGGGGACUCCGCUGCGAUAAUAAUUGAACGUUCACGGGAAUCUCAAACACAAUAUCAGCAAGUUCACAGCGGGGAGGUGCUGUCCAUCUGCUGUGGGUGUGGGAAGAGAUUUACUCGAUCACUCCAGCCGCUGGUGCGCCGGCCACUUCAGAGAGAGAGGGGCCAGACCUGCGUCCUUCAGUUCUCCCACUGGCUAUACGUUGGUGAGUUCACACUCGAGAAGGGGUCAUUCAUCUAUCAAUGUGCGCGCAGGGAUUCACACCGUUAACCGGCCUGAUGAUACACCCGCGCGUUCAGACCGGGGAGAGGCCGUUCAUCUGCUCCACGUGUGGGAAGGGAUUCAGUCAGUCGACUAACUUGCGGGCACACCAGCGCGUUCACACUGGGGAGAGACCGUUCACCUGCUCGUUGUGCGGGAAGGAAUACACUCAGUUGACCGGACUGAUGACGCACCAGCGGGUUCACACCGGGGAGCGGCCGUUCAUCUGCUCCGAGUGCGGGAAGAGAUUCAGUCAGCUGUCCCACUUGCAGGCGCACCAGCGAAUUCACACCGGGGAGAGGCCGUACACUUGCUCGGUGUGCGGGAAGAGAUUCAGUCAGUCAUCCAACUUGCGGGCGCACCAGCGCGUUCACACCGGGGAGAGACCGUUCGCCUGCUCGACGUGCGGAAAGCAAUACGCUCAGUUAACUGGAUUGAUGACACACCAGCGAGUCCACACCGGGGAGAGGCCGUUCAUCUGCUCUGAGUGCGGAGUGCGGUUCACUCGGUUGUCCCAAUUGAAGGGGCACCAGCGAGUCCACACCGGGGAGAAACCGUUCACCUGCGCGACCUGCGGGAAGGGGUUCGCUUGGUCAAACAACCUGGUGAUACACACGCGGAUUCACACCGGGGAGAGGCCAUACGUCUGCUCCGAGUGCGGGAAGGGGUUCACCCGGUCCUACGAGCUGCUCAUCCACCAGCGGGUUCACACCGGGGAGAGGCCGUUCAUCUGCUCGACGUGCGGGAGGGGGUUCAUCCACUCGUCCCAGCUGCGGGUGCACCAGCGAGUUCACUCCGCGGAGCGCCUGUUCCCCUGCUCGACGUGCGGGAAGGGGUUCCACCGAUCCACCGACCUGCUGAACCACCAGCGCAUUCACGCUGCGGAUGAAGACUGAACGUGCUGCAAACUGGCCGUUGCUCCCGAAAUCUAACGCAGAUUCACAGGAGCCGCGGGUGUCGCUGGGCGUUGGAUUUCCACGAUGCUGCUGAUGAGACGUGAGACUGAAACCUGGCACUGGGCAGAAGUGGGUGUCUUUUGCUGAUGUACAUAAUCUGUUUAAAUUUUAGCCCUGUUAAUGUUCUGGAUCUGUGAUUAAAAUAAAAACAGUUCUGUCUGAAA